AUGGUCAUGUUCCCCGGGUAUUUAAACCGCAGCCAUACCCAUGGGCAUCAGACAGCUCCUUGGUGGUGGGUCAACAUGAAUGCUCUGACUGUGAUUUCGGUGGCGGCUCUCGUGGCUAGCGGCAGCGCCUCCUUGCUUGCGUACAACGGCGUAUAUGGAGGCCAUCACGGCCUUCUUGGCGCCUAUCCUUACGCAGGGUAUUCUGGUGUGGUGCCCUACGCAUACGCAGGUGGCCUUCCCGCAGCUGCUUCUCUCACCAUCAAAACACCUGUAAUCAAGACCUUGGCUCCUACACCUAUCUCUUACAACGUGGCUCCUGCACCUGUCUCCUACAACGUAGCUCCUGUAGCUGUAUCCUACAACGUAGCUCCUUCACCUGUUUCCUACAACGUAGCUCCUGUGGCACCUGUUCAGUCUCAGUAUCACGCUCAGGAUGAGAUCGGUCAGUACUCCUUCGGUUACGCCGGCGGUGCAUCUUCACGCGCUGAGUCUCGCGAUGCCUUCGGUGUUGUCCGUGGUUCGUACAACUACGUGGACUCUGAGGGCAAGGUUCAGACUCAGCACUACGUGGCUGACGCCCUUGGCUUUCCGUGCGUCCGGCACCAACCUUCCCGUGGCUCCGACGCCCCUCUGGCCGCCCUCCCGGCCCCGUCCCCGAACCCGUCCAGGACACUGCUGAGGUAG